ACUCAGUCACCUUCGUAACAAUUUUCUUCCCUGGAACGUUAGAGACCGUGAAGUUUUGCUCCUGCAGGCACAACAUCCACCGCGACAAUUUACUACGUGUGUCUGGCUCUGUCUUUGGUCACCGUAGCGGCUUAUGAUCAGUUUCCAUAUGGAACUGCUGACCCUAUAGAUAAGGUUUCCAUUUGUGUAACGCCCACGCUGUUAAUAAACACAUUCUCGACCGUUGAAUACCUGUGCCCUGUGGGUGUUAGAACACGACUGGUAUACUGGAUGAUUCCUGUCUUAGCAGUGCACCUAUUCCGUUAUCACUCGCAUCUGUGGACAUUUUGAACUGUUGUCUAGGUACCCGUAGUUUCGGCGUCAUUUUCUGGUGGUCUAAAAUCUGUUUAGUGCUGUUGAAUAUCUUCUGCAAAUCUUCCGACUAAACAAACUUUGACCCACUUAGUAGCCAAUGUCUCAUUGAAGUUUUUCACUAACCAACUAUAAAACACUGCUGUCCCCAAGAACUGUUGUAGUUUCGUCUUUGAAUUUGGGGACUUUGGUCUUUGUCGUCAAGAUUUUCUCAGGCAGCGGUUUUAUCUCACGAAGCGGCGAGUUGGUCGUCCGAGGGUGGCAUAAAGGAGGUCAUGCGAAGGAAGAGGAGAUGAGAGAAUGUGGACAGACGUGGAGCCAGGUGAAAACGUUGGCGCAGGACCGAACAUAGUAGUGGCGUGCGGCUGAAGCCCUAUGUUCCACUGGGUACUGUCCCAACAGCGUAACUACUCCAUUCCGCUAUCUGAGUUUUUGUUUUGUUGUUGUGCAGUCCAGGCUCUUCAUUGCCUUUUAACACGGCGUCGACGUGUUUCACAUGAUCACUUUCAGUUUGAGAUCAUUGGCGUACGCCUCCACCUUCUUUGACUCUAAGCAACGACGUCACUAGCCAUCUGAAUGUGAAGGGUGCACCUGCCAACCCAGACGACAUGCGUUUAAAACUAUAUUGUUUCUGCCCCUCUCUGAACGAUGUCUUGUUUCUGUCUCCUUAUUUUAUCGAUAUCUGCUAGCAUCCUGACUGGAGGUCGGGAGCUGUAAGCAAAUUUCCACUCCGUAGGCGAUCUAGGGUUUCUGCUGCAGCUGGCACAGCAGAAGGUCUCGGUUCUGUUAUGCUGUUGUAACUGUCGGAAGUCAGCAUAGAAUCUGUACUUCCCACUUAUUUUUUUCCACAAAAAAGACUGCGAAGUGUUACAGGCUGUCAACUUCUUCAAUUGUAUCAUCUUUUAACACCACUUGUCACUCAACUUCUUCUGAAUGACACAGGACUCUUCGUGUUGUGAAUGGUGUUAUUUUCCGACCGGUCAUUGGGAUUUCAUGCUUCAUCUUAUUAUAACAACCGUAAGAGUCCCCAUCUUCAAUGAACAGAUGAUCGUAUUCUCUAAAUAACAUCGUUAUAUUCUGUAUUUUCGACACUUCCAUCCCAUGCUAUUUCGCUGUUCUUUUGUCUCCCUUUGUGUGGCACAUGAGGUUUGGCGACUCAAACUGCUGUCUUUCUGUGCAGAGUUCUAUGUUGAAGCCAGUCAGUCAGUUCUUAACCUUCAGCUGUCUAUUUCGCUGUAAUAUUUAACACUAUUCUGAUAACACGUCUCAUCUUGAUGCUAGUUCUAUGAGAAGAAAGUUUGUCUGAAGCCUUAUAAAAACCUGUUGGUGAUGCAUACAACACUUGACUUCCCUAUCAACUGUUGACAGCUUAGGUUGCAUACCGUGAUGGAUUGUUGCUUCGUUUAGAGGAUUUGUCAAAAAAGUAAUCUGAGUGCUAUUUUUAUGCAUCAAAAUUUUCUCAUAUGGGGAGAUAGUUGGGAAGUGUUCCAACUCAUCAAGUUUAAGAUGGCAUAAUGGAGCUUAAUUGUCAGUGGGGGAUGGCAGUGUUUAUGAUUCAGAUUUUAAUUGUCUUGGAUACAUUUGUAUUGUGUUUAGCUUAUUACUUAGUCUCCUAUGUGGUGUUAAUUGGAAGUUAAUGUACUAAUCAAAUAUUGUAUUCUUUGGUUCGCGUAUCUUAUUUAUGGUGGAUACUACUUCAACUGUACCUACGGAUAUACCAUCAGUUCAACAGUAUCUAUACCGUCAUCUAUCAAGCGAUUCAUCGGUAUGUUAUUAUUCUAUUCCAAAUAAUGCUCAAGCACUAAUGACUCAUCAUUCUACAAGUACUAGGAUGGCUACUGUCCUUUUGACUAAUAAUCAUUAUCCAGUUAUUGAUUUAACUCUCAGAUAGUAAUAACAGUAGCAAUAAUACCACUACUAUUACUAACAUACCAACAAGCACUACUACUACUCCUGCUACUGUUGCCAUGAUUGCGACAGAAAAUACUACUUCGACAGGGGAUGCUAGCACUUUGACUACGAUCAGUACCCGACUAAUUCCUGCCAUCCCAUCAUCUAUUGUUGCUGGUGGUGGUGUUCUUUAUGUGAACACUUCUCAAAACAAUUGUAUAUAAUAUUCUAAAACCUCAGAGAUAUCCAUGGAUGCUAAAAAGAAUCAACCACCACAACUUUGUCCGUGUGACCCAGGUUC